AUGGCCAGCCUGAACGCGUCCGCUAUAUUCUCCGGCGGAAUCGCACAAACCGGAUCCGUCACAACAAGAGCCUUCUUCCUGAAUCUUGCCACCGGUUUCGGUCUGUUUGCUUUCCAACUUUCGGGCUUCUUUCUGCUGAAGAGCUCGAAAAUCGGCCGUCGCAUAUAUCAACCAAAGACCUAUCUCGUGCAGGAACGACUUCGCGUCGAAGCCAUACCUAGGAGUCCCCUCGCAUGGAUUACUCGCAUUUUCAAGAUCAAAGGCGAAGAACUCAAGCUCAAAUGUGGUCUGGAUGGAUACUUCGCGAUCCGUUUCCUCCGGGCUAUGGUCAUCAUCUUCGUUCCGCUAAUGAUGAUCAUUGUUGUCAUCUUACUGCCCAUAAACUUCAACGGCGGUAGGAACAGUAACGACUUUCGCAUCGGAGGAGAGACCAAACCCUCUGCCGUCACCGGCCUGGACAGGCUGUCCUGGCAGAAUGUGGCGCCAACACACACAGCCCGAUAUUGGGCGCAUCUAUUGUGUGCGCUUCUAGCAAUCUGUUGGACGCUCUAUCGCAUCUACCGCGAAAAGCUCCAUUUCAUCAGCGUCCGACAGGAGUUCCUGACCUCGCCGGAGCACCGAUUACGCGCUUCAGCAAAGACGAUACUCGUUACCAACAUACCAAGCGAGUAUCGGAGCGAAGAGGCUUUGAAAGCACUUUUCGACGUCUUUGUGGACAAUGAUGACCGCCGUCGGCUUCACGUGUGGGUCAAUCGAGACUAUGGGUCUCUCCGGAAAUUGGUCGCUCAACGCAAGAGUGCCUGCCACGCCCUCGAAAAGGAAGAGUUGAAGACGAUGCGGCAGGUCAAUAAGCGCUACCGCAAGACUGACGGCACUUCAAGUGAACCAACACAGUCGCCGCGAUCUUCAGGAGACACAGUCGUGGCCGAAGACUCUCUCGAAGCUGACGAUACAGGCGCAGAACCCCAAAUUACUGCCGCUUUCGAGGCUGAUUGCCAGGAUGACCGGCAGUUGUGGCGCCAAUAUCUCAAGGCCACCUCAGAAGGACGUAUUUCUCUAGUGGAAGACGCAAAUGGUGAAUUGAAGCCAGCCAAAUUCUGGCAACGCAGCCACAAAAAGGUUCCAAAGGUCGCAUGGCUACGAAAGGAAGUUGCUCGACUGACUGUGCAAAUCGAUGCGCUGUUGCCGGAACUCGACAACGAAGCUCGGUUCAAAUUACAAAAUUCCGCCUUCGUUCAAUUCGACAGGCAGAUGUCGGCCAACAUGGCUUGCGCGCUGAUCAGUCACCAUCAGCCUGGGCGGAUGGCUCCAAGAUACCUAGACGUUGCGCCCCAUGAGGWUGUCUGGUCAAACAUGGGGCUUACGAGUCUCCACCGCUUUAUCAGAACCUUCAUUGCUCUUGCCUUGUUUGUGGGAAUGCUGAUCCUGUGGGCGAUACCGACCUUCUUCCUCAGCAUCUUAUCGCAGCUGGACUCGCUCCGGCAGACGACCAGCUGGUUGCGAUGGUUGCGAACUUGGGACAAGUGGAUCAUAAGUUUCAUCUCUGGCCCUGUAUCGUCCUUGCUCUUAGCCCUGCUUGUCCAGCUGGUCGUUCCAGCGCUCUGCCGAAAGCUGGCCGUGCUGGUCGGAGCGCCCACGCGCAGUCGGCGCGAGAUUGUCACGCAAGCAUUCUACUUCACAUUCCUCCUUGUAGAAUUGGUCCUGGUGACCUCCAUCUCCAAUGGUCUCCUCGGAACCCUUUCAGCGAUCGUAAACAACCCCACCUCUAUCGUGAAUACCCUGGCGAGUGAACUACCGAAAGCCUCAAACUACUUUUUCAACUACCUCAUCAUUCAAGCCCUUGGAUACAGCGGAUCCGUCCUCUUUCAGUACCUGCGACUUCUGUACAUAACCUUUAUCUGGCCAUGGUUCACGCAGACUCCUCGGGAGGAAGCAUGGCUUCAGACCACAAUUCCUCACCAGAUGUGGGCCAACGUUUACCCCAUCUGGACCAACUUUGCGGCUAUUGGGCUCAUAUACUCGAUCAUCAGCCCCUUGAUGCUCAUAUUCAUCUCGUGCGUAUUCAUGCUGUUCUUUGUCGCCUAUCGGCACAACUACUAUUACGUUCAGCGGAAUAAAGUUGACACGCAUGGACUGCUCUUCGACAAUGCGCUAUCCCAGCUAUUCUCCGGCGUGUACAUCAUGGAGAUCACGCUCGUCGGCUUGUUCUUCCUGGUGAAGGAUAGCGACUCUGACCUAGCCUGUACGCCGCAAGCGAUCAUCAUGAUAGUCGCACUCGCCCUCACUGCUGCAUACCACYAUGUUCUGGAGCAGGCGUUGCGGCCUUUGUCAGAGCUGCUACCUGUCACGCUGGAAGACGAGGCGGCCGAGGCUGAGGAAAAGCUACUUAUGGCGGAUACUAGGGGUCGCCCGAGCAGCGACAUGGAUCGAGAAGCCGAGGAUGCUGGUAUCCCGCUGCCAGAUGUGAAAAUUGUCGGGGAGGAGCACGACGAUAAGCAUGACCACAAGCACGUUGGCAGUAAGAGAAAGCGAGUGCGGUCGAAGUCAAGUCGCGGCUCUACGUCUGGACUCGUGGAAACAGCAGAAAAUGCACGGAAGACGUUGCUUCGGGUCAACAAGCGGGUUGCGGGAGURACGAUCCCAGUGCGAGAGCAUGUGAAUCUUGCCACCGGUGCUGCACGCCGUGUUUACGUUGGCGACCAACUUGGCGAAGCAUUAAGUCGUUACCCAGACGAGUUGAUCGACUUGUCUCCAGCCGAGCGGCAAGCGGAGCUCAGAGCUGCCUACCAGGAUCCGGUCACGCGCGAGCCUACACCUAUUAUCUGGAUACCGCAAGACGCGGCUGGCGUUUCGGACGACAGUGUUAACAGCGCGAAAAAAUAUGGGAGGCACUUGCAGUAUAGCAAUGCAGGAGCAUUCCUGACCGCGAGGAAUCAUUGUGAGGUUGUGCAGCCGGCUCCUGACGUUCGACCAGAUUGGCUACUGGAUUGGGUGUUGUGA